AUGUCAGUAUCAAACGUACAAAAGCAACGUCGCAGUUCAAUAGACCCGUCAUUGUUGCAGCCAAUGCACAGACAGCUAAACAUGCUCAGCUUCGAGUCCCUCCCUGGACCGAAGUUUAACCUUUUGUUCAUUGGUUCCGGCAAUAUCAACUUUGGUACGGAUGAGGGUCCAUGGAAUCACUCAAAGAGAGCUGAAAUGAAGUGGGGUACACGUUUAAACGUUGUUGGUAUCGUCGAUCCAAACAGCGCCAGAGCAGACCUCGAAUUGGGCAAGAAGAGAGCAAGCUUUGUUGCACCAGCCUACUCUGAUACCAAGUGGUUCCCUAACGUUGAUGCAGCAAAGGAAGGCCUUACCGCCGAUGAGCAACCACAUGCUAUCAUCGUUGGUGCACCACCACAAUUCAGAGGUGGUUUGGCACCUCCAGCAAACUUAGAGUUGGCUUUAUUAGAGGCUUUCCCAGAAACAGCACUUUUCCUCGAGAAGCCAGUCACCACAGGUGACGCAGAGGAUGCUAAGGAAGUCGGUAAAAGAAUCGCAGCAAAAGGCAACGUCGUCUCAGUUGGCUACAUGUUGCGUUACUCACGUGCUGUACAAACCAUGAUCAAGAUAAUUGAGGAGAAGGAUCUCACUGUCAUGUGCACUUCUGCAAGAUAUAUCUGUGCGUAUGAGAAGAUCGCAAAGGAAGACUGGUGGGAUAAGGCACGUUCAUGUGGUCCAAUCGUCGAACAAGCCACUCACUUCUGUGACUUGUCGAGAUAUUUCGGUGGUGACGUUGCUUUAGACUCCGUACAAGCUCACUCUGUAGAGUGGAAUGAGGAACCAGGAAAGCUCUCAAAGAUGCCAAUCGAGGAGAGCAAGAUUCCAGCUGAACAGCGUAUCCCAAGAUUCACGACUUCCAGUUGGAAAUACUCAAAUGGUGCGGUAGGAAGUCUUGUCCAUGGUGUUGCACUCCAAGACACUGACUACUACACUGAGUUGACGGUCUUCGCAGAUGGAUACCAAUUGAGAUUGGUCGACCCAUACAACAACCCAACACUUUACAUCAGAGCCCCAGGUAGUGAUGCCGAGGUUAUGCAAACAUUUGCAAAUGAUGAUCCAUUCUUCUCUGAGCUCAGCAACUUUGGUGACUUGAUUGAACGUGAUAGUGAACACAACAAGGAAAAGCCACUUAACACCACCGUUUUGUCUAGUUAUGAGGAUGCUGUUCAAACAUACCAAUUAUCCUGGGCUAUUCGUCUUUCAAGUGAGAAGGGAAGAAAGUUCCCAGUUCAGUAG